UUCCCAUUACAAAUUUAGGCGGUGGAGAAAAGCAAAUUGAGGGGUCCUCUACUUUUAAUCGCCGGCCGACGACGAGAACCACCGUUCCGCCGUCGCACAGGAUGGCCCCCGCCAACAGCCUUACCUAUUACCUGUCGGAGCACCCCUCCAUCGUGGCCUUCCGGUGGAGCCACGCCCAAACGUGGGGCUCGACGUGGUCGUUCCUCUUCUCCUCCAUCGCCGUGUACCUCGCCUCCGCCGUCGCCCUUCACGCCGCCGCCUCCGUCCUCUCCCGCCACCGCCGCCCCGUCCCCCUGGGCCCCCUCCCCGCCGUCCACUCCCUCUCCAUGGCCCUCCUCUCCGCCACCAUCUUCGCCGGCAUCCUCGUCUCCGCCGCCGCCGAGAUCCGCGACACGCGCUGGCUGUGGCGCCGCGCCCGCUCCCGCACCACCCCCUUCGAGUGGCUCCUCUGUUUCCCCCUGGGCACGCGCCCCUCUGGCCGCGUCUUCUUCUGGUCCUACAUCUACUACCUCUCGCGUUUCCUCCACGCGCUCCGCACCUUCGUCUCCAUCUUCCGCUACCGCCGCCUCUCCUCCUUCAAGCUCUUCAACCACUCCAUCCUCAUCUUCAUGUCCUUUCUCUGGCUUGAAUUCUCCCAAUCCUUCCAGGUCCUCGCCAUCCUCCUCACCACGCUCGUCUAUUCCGUCGUCUACGCCUACCGAUUCUGGACCGCGAUCGGGCUGCCGGCGGCCUGUUUUCCGUUCGUCGUUAGCUGCCAGCUGGCGCUGCUGACGUGUAAUCUGGUGUGCCACGUCGGCGUCCUGUUUCUCCACUGUCUCAAGGGCGGAUGCAACGGGAUUGGGGCCUGGCUUCUCAACUCCGUUCUCAACGGCGCCAUUCUCUUCCUCUUUCUCAAUUUCUACGUCAGAAUGCAUCUCCGCAAAAGGAAGCCCUCCUCCCCCUCCGCUCGCGGCGGCGGCGACGAUCAUCAUCCGCUUCUCAAAUCCAAAAUUUUUUGAGGUCUCAUUUCCAAUUUAUUUUUUUUCUACGGUAGCUAUUAGGCUAGUGAUACGGCGUAGUUUUGCCUUAGAUUAAAAUAGGAAAAAGAAACAGAUAUAGUACAUUCAUCAUAUGACUAUAACUUAUACUGUAUGUAGAUAUCUUAUAAUUUAUAAACAAUUAAUUGUAUAUUAGUACUCUAUUACAUACUAGUGGUUAUGUUCUAGGGAUGCCUAUAAAUACAUGAAUUUUGGAUGUGUUUUUGUUU